UCAACCUAUAAAUCAAGUAAUUGGAGGUCUGACUUUGGCACCUCAAAACGCUAAUAUCCCUGUAAACGCAUCCUUUGAUAAUCUAAAACAAAAGUAUGAAAUUUUAACUAAAGGUGUAGUGGAUCUGUUUACUGAAGCACAAGAAGCAGAAAAUCAGACAGUUCAAUCCCCGGACGAUAUUAUUUCAGGAUUACGCUUUUGA